UGCUUUCCAACAAUUAACAGCUCCUCACGAGACCCCGAGAGAGUGAGCUUGUGCUACCCUAAGAGAUAAAAAGACGUGUCAAGCAGUGUCCUGCAUUCAGUGUCGUGUCCUCCGAGGAACCGGAAGGUGUGCAAUUGUAGUACAGAAAGAAGGAAAAAACAGAAUGAAGCAGUUUGUCGUGUUGAUCGCCGUUUUGGCCGUUGCGGUUGCAGCCCCCUCGGAAACCGAUGGAUUAUUGUCCAGCGCGCUCAAAUUUGUCAAAGACUGCGGUGACAAAUCGAUGGUGUUAUGCGUCAAGGAACGUGCUCUCCAGUAUGUGGACGGUGCCCAGGGCGACAUCGAGAUCACGGAGGGAAUCAAACUGGUGGAAACUGAAAAACCAACUGCCCAGGGUCGCUCGUUGAACGAAGUUGAACUGCCCGUUGACCCGGAAGCCCGCGAAUCCGAAAUCGACAGUCUGCUGGUCGACCGUGCCGCCCGUUUCCUCGGCUCGCACACCCUGCAAUUCAAGGUCCCCAAGGACUCGAUCGAGGACAUGCAGCGUUCACUGGAUGAGGCCCGUGGAAAGAAGAAGAAGGUCAAGAAGCUGCUCCUGCCCCUGCUGUUGCUGCUCAAGUUGAAGGCCGCCGCUCUGCUCCCACUGGCCAUUGGAUUCCUCGCUCUGAUCGCCUUCAAGGCUCUGAUUGUCGGCAAGAUCGCCCUGAUCCUGUCCGCCAUCAUCGGUCUGAAGAAACUAUUCGACAAGAAACCGGAACAGAGCUACGAAGUCGUCGCCCACCCGCACUACUCGCACUCGACAUCGUUCGACGAUCAUCACGGAUACGCUCGCUCCCUGGAUGCCCAGAAUCUGGCCUACUCUGCUCACACUCAGUAAGCUUGCCAUAAUGCUGUGUAUCGAGAAUUAGUGCCCCCCCCCCUCUCCCCCUGAGCUUUCUACCUUCACCGAACCAUCGUUCUAAGCCCCCUUUUUCCCCCUCACUGAACCGUCUUAUACUGUUUUUCUCUCAAACGGAACUAAAAAACUUUACACACUUUUUUCGCUACUAUGAUCCUUCCGAAUUCACACUCCCCGGACAGUCACGCGUACGUGAUUCGGGGGAGCUGUGACGACUACUAGUUAAGUAGGUUUCAAUUCUUGGUCAUCCCAUAACUAAACCCCCAAACCGUGACACAGCCGGAUGGCAGCUGAAAGCCACCCGAGCGAAAACACACUCACCACACUCUUAGAUUAAUUUAAUUUAUUUGCGAUGAGAAGAAAAAGCGUAUUUAAUAAUUUAUUUUGCUCGAGAAUAUUUAUUUAGAUUAUUUGUUUUUAAAGGUAGUUUUUUCUCUUCUUCUCUCGAACUGUUCUCGUCUAACCUACUCCCACUGUCGCUGCGACGCUUCUCCUAGAUUCUAUGCAUGUGUCAUUUUUUCCUAUUUUUCACAAUACCAAAUAAUGCUCACUGAAGAAAAAUCACGAUUACGGAUUGAAAAGGCCUAGAAGAAGUACAGACGAUGGCAGUCUUUGAGAACACUUUGACGAAGAAAACAAGAAAGCUAAAAUACGUAAAGUUCAAAAUAGUUGUAACUUGGAGUGAAUCUCAUCCGCACAGUAUGUCAGUAAUCUGAGAUCUAGCUUUAGUCCAUAGCCAAUAGUAACGGAUCAUUGAAGAAAGAAAACUAAACAUGCCAAAAAUUUAUUGAAAAAAAAAACAAGAUACGCUCCCCCACAAACGCCUUGAUAGCCUCGAAGAAAAACAAAAAAAAAACAACAAUCGAAAGCAAGACUGUACAGACGCUGACUGACUGGUUGGGUGUUCCGAGGAGUCACGUUUCUUCAAUUUUGGUCAACCCAAAGUGCGGAAAACGUGCCGGAGCCCAAAAUCAUGCAAUGAUUUCUGCCCCCCCGCCCACGGUAGUGGUUCCGUCGUUUGCCUAGCAUAGUCAAAUUUCAGCCGAAGCGGACCCCGGUUCCGAGACUGCGUGGUAGCAGCACUGUGUCACGUGUUGCAGGGCACUCGACUUGGAAGUGUCCACCCUCCCACGGAUUGAUUAAGCAAAAUACUCGUGAAACAUGAAAAAGUUUAUAUUAAACUGUAGUAAGGUGACUUCUCUUGCACUAGAACACGAUACCCUCUCUUGUCCUAACAACUCUCUAGUAGGCGCCAGUCGGCGCUUCGAAACUUUACCAAAACACUCAUACUCAAGAUAGAUUAAAUUUUUCUCUACCUCGGAUCUCCUAGAGAGCCGCUAGCCCCAAACCGCGGUAACGCGGCAUUAGUAUUUCAAUUGUUCAUUUAAAUGCUGAAAUAACUGAAUUCUUCAUUCUACUGUCUACAACUGACUACCGAAUCUACCGAUAACAUCAAUCGAAUCUCUCUCUUUCUCCUUUUCCGCACUUGUCUAACGUCUCUAAGACGCGUCCUUCGCGUGUUUCGAAAGAAAAAAAGCUUACAAAUUCUUAAAAACAAAUAACUAUUGCAAAAAAAUCUCUUUGUAAGAAUGAUCUGUUCUGUUAUUUAUUGUUUAAAUUAUUGAAUGAAAAGAAAAAAAAACACACACACACAAUCAGCUCACAUGAAAGGAAUGAAAUAAA